CGAGGAGCAGCUGGAACUGCGAGGAACUCGCUCCAAAAACGCUCGCGCGCCGCUGCUGCUGCUCGGCUUCUCCUCAGCGGAAUUGAUUCCAAUCAGCUUCCACUUUCUUCACAUUGAUGGCCCCUUCAAAAGGUAACAGUCAGCUACAAAUUGCAAUUUGGGCUUCUCCUUCUUCCAAGAUGAGUUUGCAGCAUAUCGAUUGUGCUUACAAGAGAUCUCAAAGGAUUCCUGGACAACAAAAUGAAGUGGUAUUCUCCAGACGAAACAAUGCCUGUUAAAGAGUGCUACUCAGCCUGUAACUCUGUCAGAUGGCCUUCUCAUUUUCCAUCAGUUUCUCUUGGAGACUGUAGGAGGUCCACUGUGGAUGCAGCUAAAACCUUAUCAAAGAAAGCUAUGGCACAACACCAAACAUAUACUGCUCUGUAUUCAGUACAUUAUAUGUUUCAUGCAACCAGAAUUUCAGCAUCUCCUAAUAUGUAUAAGAAUUUACUCAAAUGAAUAACUAAUUGUUUCUCUGUUUGAAGAGUGAGCUCCAUAUCUACAUAUGGUAUGGAACAACACAAAUGGCCUAUUUUGACAUAACUUUUCAAAAAUCACUAAAAAAUUAAACCAACAUUACUAUCAGUUCUGUUUCUGUGACUUAGAAGAGCCACAUUAGGAUUACCCAGGUUCAGUUUGACCAAAAAAAAAAACAAAACAAAAAAAAACUCCUGAACAUUUUCUGCUUGCCUAUCCUGAUUUCCAAGCAUGUCUUGGUGCUCUCAUAUCUCCCUGUCCAAAUCCUGCUUAUCCCAUAGAGUGCUGGAAGCAGACCUAGAACUUUGUGGCCUUGCACCUGGCACAGUGGAGUGAACUCUUCUUCCUGACACUUCACCAUUCCUGAGCAACUGUGCACUAAAGCAAACAGAUAAAAAACACAAAAACUUCAGGCUGCAUUUCCACAUUUGAAAUGAUGCCUCAGUCACUCUCUAGCAUCUGCAAGUUUUAAAAAAGGAUAAAUAGUUAUUGGAUGUAUUGAAUCCAAACCCAUCUUAUUAAAGCACAUUUCUUAAUUGUGUUCACAAUCUUUGCCACAUGUAGAAGACUGAGAGUUGUCUAAAAUGGCUGCACAGUGGAGACAAAGGACAAAUGCUCUGGUUGUGACUCUUGGAAUGCUGCACUGCUGGGGAUUGGGGUCUUGUUAUGAUGAGAGGACUAGCGUUCUCACAGAGGACAAAUCUCUUGAAAAACAUCCAGUGACCCAUGAAAGAGUGAAGAGAGGAUGGGUGUGGAACCAGUUCUUUGUGGUGGAAGAGUACACAGGAACAGAGCCACUUUAUGUUGGAAAGAUCCACUCAGACUCAGAUGAAGGUGAUGGCUCUAUCAAGUACACCAUAUCUGGUGAAGGCGCAGGGACUAUCUUUAUCAUUGAUGAGGUCACAGGGGACAUUCACGCCACCGAGAGGUUGGACCGUGAGGAGAAAGCCUUCUACACAUUACGAGCACAGGCUCGAGACCGCCAGAAUGACGCCCCACUCGAACCCGAGUCCGAGUUUGUCAUCAAGGUCCAGGAUAUCAAUGACAGCGAGCCCAAAUUCCUGGAGGGGCCAUACAUCGGAAGUGUGGCUGAGCUGUCUCCUAUUGGUACAUCAGUAAUGAAAGUGAUGGCCUCAGACGCAGAUGACCCGACCUACGGGAGCAGUGCCAGGAUAGUGUACAGUGUUUUGGAUGGAGAAAAGUUCUUCACUGUUGAUAGACAGACUGGAGUGAUUCGGACGGCCGUAGCCGAUCUUGAUAGGGAGACGCAGGACCGUUAUGAGCUAGUUGUCAAGGCAACAGACAUGGCAGGCCAAAUGGGUGGUCUCUCCGGCUCCACCACAGUGACCAUAGUGAUCACGGACGUUAAUGACAACCCUCCACGUUUCCCUCAGAAGAUGUGUCAGUUUUCAGUUCCAGAAGGGAUGGCAGUGGGCACAUCGGUGGGCCGGGUGAUGGCCACAGAUGCAGACAUGGGUGAGAACACGGACAUGAGCUACCUGAUUAAAGACGAGGAAGGAGGAGAGCUCUUCAGAGUCUCCACUGACACAGACACACAAGAAGCCAUCAUUAUCAUCAAGAAGCCUCUGGACUAUGAGAAGAAACGCACCCAUAAUGUGGUGGUGGAGGCAGUGAAUAAGCAUGUGGAUCCACGCUUCGUGGACCUGGGCUCUUUCCGGGACCAGACCAUUGUCAGAGUCAGCGUGUCAGAUGUGGACGAACCUCCAGUCUUCUUUCCACCCACCGGAGCUAUUAUGGAAGUACAAGAGGAUGCCAAGCAAGGGACCCUUGUGGGCUUUGUUACAGCCAGGGACCCAGACGUGGAUAAUGUCCCUCUUAGAUACUCAAUAGAUCAGAGCACAGAUCAGGAGCAAAUCUUUAACAUUGAUGCAGUGACUGGUGCAAUCACCCUGGGGAAGAUCUUGGACAGGGAAACAGCGGGCUGGCACAACAUCACAGUGACAGCUGUAGAAAGAGAUAACCAGUCCAUGGCUUCUCAGACUUCAGUUAGCAUCCGUAUUCUGGAUGUGAAUGACAACCCACCUGAGCUGGCCACCCCAUAUGAAGCCUCCAUCUGUGAAGAUGCAAAACCUGGGCAGCUCAUUCACACCAUCAGCGUUGUGGACCGUGAUGAACCUCAGUCGGGCCAUCGCUUCUAUUUCACACUUGCUCCCGAAGCCUCCAGCAACCGCCAUUUUACACUGUGGGACGUUAAAGACAACACAGCAGGCAUUAGAACCCAGCGAUCGGGUUUCAACCGACAGGAGCAGAACAUCUACCUGUUGCCUAUCCUGGUUGUGGACAGCGGGCCUCCAGCUCUUAGCACAACUGGCACACUUACCAUCCAUGUGUGUGGCUGCGACACACACGGAGUCAUCCAGUCCUGCAACGCCACAGCCUUCAGCAUGGGCACAGCCCUCAGCCCGGGAGCUCUCAUUGCUCUGCUCGUCUGCAUGCUCAUCAUCAUCGUCAUUGUGCUGCUGAUUGUGACCUUAAAGCGCCACAGGAAGGGUCAGCGCAUGUGCGAGGAAGAGGAAGACAUGCGAGACAACGUCAUCAAGUAUAACGACGAGGGCGGAGGUGAGCAGGACACACAGGCUUACGACAUGAGUGCACUGCGCAAUCUCUACGACUUCCCCGAAGCCAAGAGCUCUGAGUCACUUCCCAAGCGCAUCCAAAACCCUGUGAACUCUGACAGAGAGGUAGCUGAUUUCUCCCUGUUUAAAGGCUACAUCCGGAAGAAAGUGGAGCAGGCGGAUGCAGACCCAUCUGUGCCUCCAUACGAUUCAUUUCAGACGUACGCACUGGAGGGCAGCGGCUCACCAGCACUCUCACUAAGCUCCAUCCACACUCUGUCCACUAGCUCAGAGCAGGACUUCUCCUACCUUAGGGACUGGGGGCCUCGCUUCAGGCAGCUGGCAGGAUACUAUGCCCCGGCACAGCCUGAUGAAGAGGGGUCCUAGCACUGCCUGCCAUCCUGUGCCUACUGUGCCAAGCUAACAACACACUGCUGUUCCAUAGACACUGCUCAGUCCUGGAGCUGCCCACACUCCUUUAACACCCACUCUCCUCCAUCACUGGAUGAUCACUGGAUCCUAGUCUUUUCUGGACAUUUUAAUACCACUCUGUAAAAGAUACAGACAGUUUGCCUUUGCAAAAGAUUAAAAGGUGGAGGAUGAACAGGCCAUGAGUGAGGAGUUGGGCGGUACUCCAACAAACCUAGCAGAGUGUGAAACGAGAGCUGGACUGUGCUAUAUGCACAGGGCUAAACCCACAUUGUUCCCUAUCUGAAACAUUUUCUUUGUGUGUGUGUGUGUGUGUGUGCGCGGGUGUGUGCGUGCAUGUGUGUGUUCUUUCUUUCCUCUUUUGGUGAAGGCAAAGACUACCGAUUCAUUGGGAGAUCCAGAAUGGGACACCAUGCAGCAGUACUAGGGAGGUCAUUUUCUAAGCCAAGACAAAUUAUUCCCAGAUGAAAAUAUGUAUUUAUCUAAAAAAAGAAGAUAUUUAUGUAUUUAUUAUUUCUAUUUAUUUAUUUAUUUAUUUCUCCUGGUUGAAGUACAGAAUACCGGACUGGACUUAAUUAUAGAACAAUAUGGAUGGAUGAUACAGACUGAAUUAAUUAAAAAAACUGACUUUUAAAGGCAUUGACAUGAGAGUGCGAUUGUGACUGAGAGAUCUGGGCCACAGUCUUUCAAAAAUUAUUUAUUUUUCAGAAACCCUUUUUUCUAAAAUACAGACCUGUGCUGGGAAGGGGUGUACAAAUAUUAAAUAUUCACUCAGUCAGAAGUUUGUUUUUGUCCUAUCAUAUGUUUCAUGUAUUGUGUUACUCUUAAAUUGAUUAUCCAAGUCACAUAUUGUGGGCAGUCAGAUAUUUGUUUUGUGUGUGUGUUAAUUUUUUCUUUUGAAGCUGUAUUUCAGUGGUUAAUUUGGGGGGCAAUAAGGGACAUAUGACCACGAGAGCGAAAAGUCAGAUAUUCCUCAUUUUUUUAUCAGUAUUUACAUCAGUAUUUAUAUUUUGCAUACAUGUUCACUACAGAUUUGUGUCUGUGUUGUUUAUAUUCUAAACUGGUUUCAAGACCAGAUGAUUUGAUUGGUUUUAUUCAGUUUAAUCUUUAGUAUUGGUUGAGGCUGAUGAAGGGAAAUGAGAACAUGGUUAGAAGGCCUGGUUACACUAAAUCCUUCUUGAUCCAUGAUAACUGUGUUGAGGUGGUUGCUUAGAAUGCUUUGCAUUUCAUUUAACUCAGCAGUAAUUAAGCCAAUCAGAAUGAAUUUUAUUCACACAAGAGAUUAUAUCUUGUCCACCAUAGACAAGAUAUGAACUGUUUGAACAUUUUUGUAAAACUAAAAAAGAACUGCCCCAUGACCACUAGUGUAUCCAGGCCUUAAUACAUAUGUAGGAGGUUUUCAUCACCCAAAGCCAAUAUCUGGAGACAUUCUGUUGCCAACCAUAUCCAGUAACAGUGUAUGGAUUAAAUGUACAGUUGAAAUCAAUAAAUAUUCAAGUUUUUGUAGACACACUGAGACUGGAAAGGCUGCAUUUGACAGUAUGUUGUGUGCCAUACUCUGGUCUGUUUGUCUCUGUUUUAGCAAACAGUGUAGCAUCAGAUGUUUUCUCUGAUUUUGCUCAUUCCUACUUAUGACUGACAAUUGAGCUGCUUUGGCAGCU